CAUUAUGUUUGCAUAUCUUUGCUAAGGAGUUGCGAGCUAAGCUUGAAAUGAUUUUGUCACCAGUGCGCCAUUUAGUUUAGUUUGCUGGAUCAUUAGUGUCUUGUUGUUGGCUAAGCUUUCAUAAUUUCAUAGAUUUUUGUUUGUUUAAACUUGUAAGUUGGGAUUAUGAGGCGAACAAAGUCAUGUAUUGGUGUAAAUAGAGGCCCCUGGACACCCGCUGAAGAUCUUCUUUUGAAAAACCAUGUACAACUCCAUGGAGAAGGACACUGGAAUUCUAUUGCUGAUAAAUCAGGUUUGCAACGAACUGGAAAGAGUUGCAGGCUCAGGUGGAUGAACUACCUUCGCCCUAGUGUCAAACGAGGUCAUAUUUCAGCUGAUGAAGAAGAACUCAUUAUAAGACUUCACAAAUUGUUGGGAAAUCGGUGGUCGUUGAUUGCUGGCAGAAUGCCUGGGCGAACAGAUAGUGAAAUCAAGAACUACUGGAAUACACAUUUGAGCAAGAAAGUGGUGAGAAAAGAUCCCAAAUGCGCCAAACAAGGCUAUAAAUAUCAUGUGGGUGCUGCUACAGAUCAACAGCACUUGUCUGAUCAGAAUGAGAAAGUGUGCUGUGAACCAGAAAGAGAAAGGACUGUCAUGGAUAAUAUGACAGCUACAAAUGAACUCAUGGGUUCAGCAGAGUCCGAUGACUAUUCUGUAUGCAUUCUCAAAGAUCAGACCAGUUUUUCAUAUGAAGAAAUUGAGAGAUUUCCCCUGCAACGGAAUAUUUCUUCCAACUGGGGAAAUGCAAAUUACAAACAUUUCAAUGGAUAUGAAGAUGCUCUAUUACAAGAUGUUUCAAUGGGUAUGGAGCAAAUCACAGAUAUGAACAAUGAUGCUAACAACAUCUAUUAUGUUGAAUCUCUUCCAAAUUCAUCUUCGUUAUUAUCAGGAUUAAUCUGCCCACCUCAUUUUUACUGCUCAUCCCCAUUUGAUAUGAUUUCAAAUGAACCAAGGUUCCCAUACACUGCAGAAGAGAUUUUAAACGACCGCCAAACUCAAACAGAAAUAGCUGCUUUGUUCUUUUGAACGUACAAUGUUGGAAUAUACACUCCGACAUAAGCAAGUACUGUUAGUGAGUGUUAUGUUUAUGGGUCAUCAAAUAUUGUUGAGGUUUUCAAUUUGUAAUAUGUAAAGUUUAGUUCACUAUUACGAUUUCUAGUUUGUUGUCAAACGGUUUAGAUAGUUGUCAUAUCUGUUAAAGCCUAAUUAUGUGAAGAUUAUUAAGUUUGUUGAAUGUAUAAAUAUGUACUGCUAAUUACUCUUGAUUAAUAAGAUAAGAUAUCAGUGGGUGUUUUGUUUCUC